UCAAUGAAAGUCCCGCGAGAUGUCGAAUUAAAAUCACCAGUCACUGAAAUACCAGAGGUUUAGGACGACUUAAAUUUACCCGUGUCGCGCCGUUUCCUGCAUCCGAUGGGUCAUGAGACGAGCUCUCUGAAAGGGAAUACAGACGCGAUUUUGCUACGCUUCAGAGAAUUCGGAAAACUCGUCAAAAUCCCCAGUAGGCAUGCCCGCGAGGCGAACUCCAAAAAUCGAGGCGUUGGUUGUGGACGCUAUACGCAGGCUGCAGGAUGUACAGGGCUCGUCGUCGCGGGAAAUUAGCAACUAUAUUUCCCAAGAGUACGACGUGCCCGCAAAGGACAUCAGACGGCAGGUCCAGCUCGUUUUGCAGCGCGGCUUAUCCUACGGGAUCCUUCGCAAAACGAAUAGAGGAUAUUACACGUGCAGUCGCGACCACCUCGGGCAGAUACCGGUGGAGGAUGAAGCGGGCGACGGAGUGAUGGAGCCUUGUCCGGAGCACAGAAAAAAAUGGAGGAGAUAUUGGAGGAGAAUAAGGGAGAGGCGUAGACGGGCUAGGGAGAGAUACAGAGCUCGUAAGCGAAAGCUCAGCAGACAGCGCACAACCCGAAGACGUCGGGCCGGGUCUCGAAGACGUCGAGGCAGGUCCCGAAGACGUCGAAGGACGAGACGAAGUCGAAGAAGAGGCGGCACAAGAGGAACGCGACGAAGGGCCGGGACGAGCCCCGAUCCCAAUGAGGCCGAAAGCGUCUCCCGAAUAGAAACGGAGCAGCGGGGCAACGAUUCCUCCGGGAACGAGGAUGAUCGAGGAAGCGGGCAAGCUCCGAGUCAGAACGAGUAACGUCCGCGAAAUCCUCCUCGAAAUUUCCAGUCCGCCAGCAAAGAGUUCGGACAAGCGAGGCAACCGAUGAAAAAUUAUGCUUUUUCUGCUUUUUCCCUCCAGAGAGACAAGUGGAGUUGGUGUGUCCUAAUUGUCGAUUGACGACUCGCGUAUCUCCUACUCGUGGUCACUCUGUCGGCAUCUUGUUUCGUUUAUAUACGGAUUUUUAUGCACACGGCAUUUUUUUCGCGGCAUUCGUGAACCUUCAAGUAUGGCCUACAAUGCGCUCUUUGCUGUCUGUUUCUUGUUUUCUAUCUUUCUCUGAGGUUUCAAAAGGAAAUAAAGAAACGGGAAACAAAGAGCACAUUAUAGAUGAAGCUUCAUGGACGUGUGCAAAUUUACGACGGUGGCGCCUCGUCGUCGCGAAUCCCUACGCGAAUCUUUGAGAACUCUUGUCAAUUUAUAUAUGUCUCUUGAUUUUUGGAUUACACAAUUUGUUAUUUUUCUUCGCGUGUUAUAUUCUCUCUCGGUAUCCUUCGUUAGAGAGUCUCGCGCGACGCUACGCAACGUUGCCCGCAAAAAAGAGCGAACGGCACGACAGUCGAGAUCAGUCGAAAUUGCGUUAUCGUGCUGAAACUCGAGCCUCCUGAGAAACAUAUGCUGGCUGUGCCGGGGGCUUCGCGUCGCUCGUCGACAGCCCUGAACACGGCCUUGCCGGCUAAUGAUAGUCGCGCUAAUGACGAGUCCGCAC